UGGGUGAUCUUUAAGACUGUCGUUUCGUUGAUAUAUGUAUAGACCUCUUAACCGUUUAUUUAUACUUGCAACAACCACAUGCGUUCCUUUCGAAUUAGCUGUAAAUUGCGGAGAAAAAAUAAAUUAUUGUCGGAUCAAGAGAAAAAAAGAUAUAAUUAAUCUCCCACAACAGUGACUGAUGUGUGCCUUAGGCUGCUAUAUGUACCCGUAAAUGUCAAGCAUAGAGUGUGCUUAUCCGUGUCUUAUUUAACAAAGCGUAACGCUGAAUCGCUUCAGUGCACUGUGCAGGUGAUUUGUUAAGGUAACUUGUUACGAUCAGGCAAGUUUUAGAAUCGUUUUAGGGUGCAUGUUGUCUGACUUUUUACACAUAGUACGUUUAUUUUUUCAGUUUAGUAAAAACCAACGUUGAGGAAAUAAUAUGUCUGCCGACGACACCACAAGUCCAACAGAUGUUCUAAAACCUGCUGACGUACCAGCAGAAAAAGAAUGUGUUAAUAAGAAAAAAAAGUUUGUUCCAACUUUCAAAGGCAACGUGAAAGUGCUGGUUGCUUUGGUUUUCUACGUCCUACUUAACAUACUUGCAGCUUACCUAUUUGUUUUAAUUGAGAAACACCCUGACAACAAUUAUACGGAUGAGUGGUUUAUAUUUAACUUGGAAAAAAAGUUUCUAUCCAGUCACAACAACUGCCUUUCAACAGAGGAUCGUCGUUUUCUUCUUAAGGAAGUGGUCGUGGCAUAUAAAGCGCAUCUUGUUAAUAACAGCCAUUCACAUCCGGACUGGUCACUUAACAACGCAUUACUUCUUAGUUUCUCCAUAGCAAGCACCAUUGGGUAUGGGACGGUUGUACCAAACACACCUGGUGGUAAAGUUUUCUCUCUGACACUCGCCUUCAUAUUCAUUCCUUUUACUGGUUUGUUAGCUGCAAAGAUGGGAGCGAUAUUGGCAUAUUACGUAAAAAAGAGUUGUCGAAGCAUUUUUGGUUCCAGUCCCCGCACCAAAUACAUUGGCGUUUUGGUUACUUUCCUGCUUGGGUUAAUAUUAUACGUCGUAAUGCCCACAAUGUUGCUCCGAUUUGUAGGAAAUGAAGAAAACUGGGAUUUUCUGGACUGUUUAUAUUGCGUCAUAAUUACUUUAACCACGAUAGGCUUCGGGGAUUACGUUCCAGAUCCUAGUUCUCAUGGUGGAAUAUUCACCACGAUGACCGUGAUCAUCUGGGUGGUUGCUGGGUUGGCUUGGUUUGCGACAAUUAUUAAUCUUAUUGGGAAUGUCUUGUCCAAGAGAGCAAAAGAAAUCGAGAGAAAAGUUUCCAAACCUUCAAACCUCAAACUAGCUUGGAGCACGUUUAGAACAAAAUCGCCAACAGCAUCAACAAAACAUACGGACAAUUGACUGUUGUUUUGUGAGGAAAUUUCAGGAAUUAAAGUUGCUAUCAUCACGGGUAAAUUUAUAUUUUUUGUUUUCUUCGAAUACACUUAUAUUUUGAUGUACUAAGUUUAAUACCACCACGAGACAAGUUCCAGCCAACAUAAAAUUAUUCUAAUAUUGUUUAGCCAACAUAAAUCUAUUCUAGUAUUUAAAUCACGGAUAGGCCUAUAGUGGGAAGGGGUAAGAUGAGAUACUUGAGCACAUACUGCCAAAAAUUUAUAAUACCAUAAUAUAUUACGGUAUUUGAUUGCUACCAUUAAUUUGUAACAUUAUACCUUUAUUAAUUAAUAACUCUUUAGACCAAUGUUAUUUUGUUAUUCUAAUAAAGAAUACAAUUUUAUUGAUUCGCAAUAGCGGGGUAAAAAGGGACAGUGGCGAGUUAAGAAAGGACAGUUCAAAAUCCAUGUUGAUCUUCAUUUAUAGCAAUUUUACAGGAAUAUACGCAAAUAAAACAAAAUAAUAUUGUACUCUUUGAAAAUCAAGUUUAAACAUUAUUUGUCUUGCUCCUACUGCUAUAUUUUUUUACAACUUACCCACCGUAAGUUAUAUUGUAUGAAGAAUUGAUAUUGUUCAACCGAUAAUGGAUAUUGUUAGAACUCGAAUUAUUAAAUAUUGAACAGACGCGUUUAAACUUUUAUUAACACAAAUAAAGUUAAAACAAAGUUUUCAUUUUCUUGCCACAAGUUUGGUAUUGCUUUACUGUAUUUCGCAUAAGCCACUUCCGUAAUCUUACAUAUGAACUAUGUCCCUGUCCAUUUUUCUCAUUCAGAUUUUCAAACUGUAUGAACAGCCUAUUUUAUUAAACGACUUUAUUGAUAAUUUUAACUACAAAAUUUCAGCAGUUUUGUUAUACAUGCAAGCAUAAAACCGUUUCCUCACGACUUCCAUAUACCGCUGUUAAUUGUUUAAAAUAAUUGUUAAGUUCCGGAUAUUUAGAUAUGUGCUAAAGGUGUCCCAUACUUCCCAACACGUCUAUAUACUUUUUCAGCGAAUGAAAAAGUUUUGUAUUUGUUCAACACCGAGUUUAAAUUCCCAGAGUCCCAAACUUUCCUCACCCAACUAUAAUCACAAAAUUUGUAUUACAAAUCUUUGUUUG